CCUCUCUCCACCCCUCUCUCUCUCUCUCUCUCUCUUCCAUUAGCAGGAAGACGAGAAGAGACGAAACGACAGAGGCAGACGGAGCACAAGGAGACGAGAAAGGGACGGAAGAGUCGAGCGAAUAAGAAGAGAGGAAGACCGAAAAGAUAAAACGAGAAGAAGAGGAGAGGGAAAGCAAAGCAUCAUGGACGUUCUGAAGAAGGGAUUCUCCAUGGCGAAGGGUGGAGUGGUGGCCGCUGCCGAGAAGACAAAGGCCGGCGUGGAGGAGGCCGCCACCAAGACCAAGGAGGGGGUCAUCUAUGUCGGAAACAAGACGAUGGAGGGAGUCGUGACCGGAGUCAACACAGUUGCCCAGAAGACAACUGAACAGGCCAACGUUGUUGCCGACACUGCCGUCACCGGGGCCAACGAAGUCGCCCAGGCAGCGGUGGAGGGGGUGGAGAAUGCAGCUGUGGCGAGCGGAUUCGUCAGCACGGAGGAGGCGGGACCAGUGGCUGAGGAGGCCGACCUUCCAAAGACAGAAGCUGGAGCUGAAGGACAAAGCGAACCGGCUGCACAACUCCGAGGUGGAACAAGAGGAAACUAACGUCACAUCUGUGCCGCCGCUCGUUUAACCUUUGACCUGCUCAUCACUAAAAGUCGCUUCAUCUUCACCACAUUAACCAAUAGACACCCUGUCCUCAUAUACCCCCCGUUGCCAUGGUUACACUGCCUCUGCAUCAUACUUGUCUCUCAUUGUCAGUUUGUAACACUCAGGUGAUGCAACCAUGCACUCAGCUGGUUGGUCGGUGUAGGACGACAUCACCCAGGUCACUAUGCUGACUCCGCCCCCUGACAGACACAUCUGAGGCCUUUAACUGCAUGUUGCUUUACUCUCUCUCACACUCACACACACACAAACAGAUAAACACACGCACACACACAAACACACUAACACACACACAGUUAUAAUCAAGCUUCAGAGCAGAUUGUUUUAUAAAACACAAGUGAAAUAAAGACGCGUUUGGAAAACGA